ACUCUUUACAAUAUACGUCUGAUAAUAAUAUAGCUAGUUCAAGCACAAGUGUUGCCACCCUUUCUCCACUUACCAGAAAUAAAAAAAAAUCUGUGAUCACACCAUAUAGAUUUCCUCGCAAUCCAGGCAACGACAGUGCCUUCUGA